CCAAGUCAUGCAGUGCUCGGGCGAACAGAUGAACGGCGUCGUAAAUGAGAGCCGUUUCCGUCUAAACAGACAAAUGUUUUAACAUUAGAGUUUUUAAAACUUAAGUAUGGCACCCGAAUAUGCAGAAUGCUCGGAAGAAGAGAUCUAUGACCAUUCCAUGAUCACCUAUUGGUUCAUUGCUCUCGUGGUUUUCUACUUCGGCAGAAGAGAUUUAAUUCGUUUUAUUAACCGACCGAAACCUUUAAAUGACGCUACUCUGCAGAGUAUAUAUGCAGAGGCAAGACUUGGAAUUCGGUCGGUACCAAACGGAAAAGACACAUGGGUUGUCCAUGACCUAUACGAUAUCACGGCAACCGACAUAAUUAUCCGUACUUUCAAAUUAAUAUGGUCAGUUUUGGCGGAAAUCAUUGCUGAUAUAAAGUUUAUAUAUACGUAUAACACGCCGUGGUGUUAUCGAGUACUUGACCCUUACCCUUACGGAGAAUUCCCAUAUCACCCACGGAAAAAUCCGCAACUUCUGAUACAGGAACCUUUAAUAUGUACAUAUCCUAGAUACAACUAGGUUCGAAUGAUGAUCAUUGUCAUACAAUUCACAUGACUUCACAUAUUUAUUCUUCACGUCCACAAACGACAUGAAUUUAUGUUUUUCUCUAAAAGUAGUUUGUUUCUUUUUUGUA